AUGUUUCGGCGAGCGAAACCCGGUCGGAGGCGCGCAUCGUUGCAGCUGAAUGAGUGGACAUUGCGCGAUGGGCGUGCGGACCGAGGCCGUGAGUCUUCUAACCUGCGUGCUUCUUGGCACGCGAGCCUGUGGCGCCCGUGGCGUCGGAAGCUGACCAGGGCCUAUGGUCGUGCUGGAGUGGCAUUUUCAGAGUGGUUUGCAUGGCAUGGAAACUGGAUCUCGCAUCAUCAGCGACGCACGGUGUUGCUAUGCAACUUGGUCAUUGCAUCCCUGUUUUAUCCGGCUGUCGUGCUGUAUCUUUUGACCACGUCCGAAGAUCCCGCGUCGACAUUGCACGCGCCUGUGUGUGUCAUGCGCGAUCACAUAUACGCAGGAGAUCAACCUGCGUGCGUUACAGGGGCACAGUCACCUACCAAUAUCUGGGAUGUAGUGAAGGGCUCGCUGCAGGAUCUGACGGGCUAUGUUCGUUCUCAGGCAUUGUCUGAUCACUACCCCGUCCAUGAUCUACGUCUUGUAUGGGACGAGACGCCGACGCUUGAAGUUGUGAACAAAAAUGGGCAUGAAGCACCCGUCAUCCACGUUGCACAGGUGCUCAUGUCGUCCGACAAAAUUCGACAAGGCGCUGGCUCGCCGUAUGGCGUCCUAAGUCCGUCGUUUUUGAUGACAGCGCUAGCCCUAGAAAAAGAACUCGACGCUAAGUUGCUCUCGGAUGCGCCCAACAAGCCGUCGUGCGUGCGCCGGAACGAGACGGACACGUGUCUUGUACUGUCGCCCCUCGAGUAUUGGCACAGAAACGCGGCGGCUAUCAAGGCGGAUCCGCAUCCGGCCAAGUCGUAUACGGGCAGUCCGAUCCGGGCUAUUGUGACACCGCCGGUGGCGCCUGCGGCGGCACACAGUCCACUGCCGCUGCUGUACUCGACAACGUUGGCUGGGCGGUGGCCGUUUCUCCCGCUCUUUUCGCGAGCUGAGUACCUUGUGCUGACUUACUUUCUACACGACAGCCACAUGGACGCAUGGCCUGGUAUGGUACGUGAGGCGAUGGAGCGUGUGGCGCCUGCGACCGUAUCGAUGCCGCGCGAUAUCGCAGCGGGCACCACGACGCUGGAGUUCAAGCCGCAGUCGCUCACGGCGCGGCCUACGAUCAACUACAAGAUCGUGGUGGUUGGAUACCUUUUGCUACUGCUCUACAUUUUCCGUGGCCUUGUGCAAAUGCGCCGACUGCAUUCGCGGUUUGGUAUGGCCUUUACGGGAAGCGUGCAGCUGAUCAUUGACUUGAUCAUGAGUCUGAGUCUUUGUGCUCUGCUUGGUAUUCGACUCACCGCGGUGCCAUGGCCGAUCCUUCCCUUUAUUAUCGUUGUUGUCGGCAGCGAGACCAUGCUGUUUGUUAUCCAUGUGGUCACGAAUACACCUCUCUCUCUCACGGUCAACUCGCGCAUCGCAUAUGGCCUGUCGCAGGUCGCAGGGCCCAUCACCUUUUCUACGGCGACGGAUGUGCUUUUGUUGGGCGUCAUUGGCUACGUCGUGCGCAACGAGGCUGUCACGCAGUUUGUCCUCUUUACGAUGUGCGCACUUGUGGCGGAUUACUUCAUGCAAAUGACCUUUUUCAUCACGGUGCUGAGCAUUGAUAUCCAGCGUCUCGAGCUCGCUGAAGUAUUGAUGCAGGGCACGCGCGCGCCCGGCGCAGCUGCCACGCCGCAUGCCGACAUGCCGCGCCGGCUGCGUAUGGACCAUCCGCGCUCCGGCACGGCGCGUCUCGUGCACAUGCUGUACCGUCUGUGGUGCAUGCGGUCGCCGCGGCUCGUCCAUGCACUUGCUAUCGUGCUGGCUGCUGGCACGGCGCUGGUCAUGUAUGCUCCGCAGGUCGUGUCGUCUGAAGCGUGGCUCCGUGUACUAUACCAUCGCGCGCAUGUCCCUCCUGAUGCCGAGCUCGACCAGAGUCCCUAUGGCGCGUUCUGGCGUGCUCUGAAUCCGGACGGCGCUUUGUCUGUGCGAGUGGUGCUGGAGCCAUGGAUUCUCGCGACGACGACCACUGCGACGGGCGGACUUCCGGACGCGCCGGGGCCGUGGCUCGAGGGCCUGUUUUAUGACCGGCGCGGCACGACGAUCUUUUUGUUUUUCUUGUUUGUCGUUGGGCCCAUUGCUCUGACUAUGGUCGUGCUUUCUUUCAUUCUCCAUUACCUUUUGCAACACUCGGACAAGCUCGAGAGCUCGCACCAGGAUGGCGAGAAUAUCGAGCUGCGUCGCCUGCUCGACACACACACCUCUAUGCCCCCCGAUACCAUGUCGAUGCACCUGAGUGUGCACGCUGAUGAGCUGCAUACGGCCCCGAUUCUUGUGACAGCUGCGUCAGGUACGAUGUUUGUGAGUGCCGACACCCAUAACGCGUUGCGCCUGGACAACCAAGGGGCGUCGGUCCUGUGGCCCCUCGCGAUGCUGCGGACCAAGCACGAGGCCGUGGCUGAUGCCUCGCAUAUCGUGGCGCUGGCGGUAAAGGCUGGGUGUGUUGCCAUUGGGCAGUACUCCGGCCGGAUCUCGGUAUGGCACGUCGAUGCACCACAGCGCCUCGUGGACAUGACGUCGACGGCGCAAGCUCCGAUCCAGCACCUCGCAUUUCAUGCUGAUAUGCUCCUUUCCCUGCAUCGCGACGGGUCUGUGCGUGGCUGGCUUCCGGAUGGCGAAUCGCGUGUCCUCGUCGAGGCACCUGAGUCGGGCGGCUCGUGGACCUGCGCGACUGUGCGUGCCACGGAGUCGGGCCUGUUUCUAGGAGCUGCAUCCUCGCGUGGACAUCUGGCCGUGUACCGUAUCGCCGACGAUGCCUCGCUCGUGUGCUUGGUCGAGAAUGCGAGUCAUGUCCCGCUGCGGUGUGCAGCGCUACUGCCAUCCAGCACGACCGAGCAGCCGGCGCCUGAGCCGAUGGCCCAAAUGACGCCGCCACGCAAGCCCACCGCCUGGCAAAGAAGUUCAGCUGUGCCGUCCCACAUGCUCGUGGCCGGCGAUCAAGAUGGGGUGCUGCACGCAUGGCAGGUGUCUGAGUGCGUGUCGGACAUGGUUGUCGACGUGCCGCUCCGCGACGGUGCGAUCCGAGACGUACGUGCUGCGGAAGGCAUGCUUUGGGUGCAGACGACGAAUCGCGUGUGGCUCGUCGAGCCGUCGUUGCGCGUGCGCGACUCGAUCGCGAAUCCCCGCGGAUGUGUCGAUAUAACGCCGGACGGAUGGCUGCUGGGCCUGUGCCGUGCGUAUGCAUCCGAGGCGCGCUGGGAAAUCUGGCGCGCCCAGCUCCUCAACUCGGCCGUGGAGCGUAUCUCUGUUGACAUCGAGUCGCUGAUCCGUGCAGCCGUGCGUGACUCUGUAGAGCAGGGUCUGCAUCCGCCAUCACGCCUGCCGCUGCUGACGGCGCGUGUGGAUCGCAUGGUGCGACGCGGCAGCGAGUGGAUGAUCCCGUUUGGCAGCACCAUUCUUUCUCUCAAAGCAGAACACAUGUGA